AUGAGCGCUUCUGACCCAAAGAUGAACAAUAUUCAACAACAAGCAAGCAGCAGCACGAUUGUACAGUCUCCAGCUAGAACCAUCUCUGUUCAAUCAACUGGUGAAGCACAAUGUCCCCCGUCCCACCUCACAUUUGGUGUGUCUGUGUACAGUGUCAAAGACAGUCUAGAGGCAGCCCAGGGAAGUGUGAAAAGAAGAACCGAUUAUAUUAUCCAAGUACUUCGAAACAACGGUCUCAAAGAGAAGGAUUAUAAAUGCUCCACUGAUAUUUCGAGGAGGGGCGAGUGUGUGCGUGUGCAGACGGAUGUUCUGAUUGACUUUGAUGGUGUGAGCAAGUGUGAAACUGUGAGGAACUUGCUCAUUGAGAAGUUGGAUGCCUCGUCAGUUCAAAUCACAGCCAUUACUUGUCAGCAUCUCUUUGAAGACAAAGAGGAGAAACGACAAGAGGCGUUUAAGAGAGCUGUGGGCAAUGCUCGUUCCAAGGCACAGUCAGUCUGCCAGAUGCUGAGUGUGCAACUGGGUCCCGCUCUGGAAGUGGUGGAACUGGACACUACCACUGGGCUCGAUUCUGUAUCCGACUUAGAAAUACGAGAAUCAGAUCCUCCCCAAACAGAGCUACUGUCGACUAAUUUGCAUCUUCAGUUUGUUAAAGAAACUUUGACUUUUAGAUCACAAGUUUCAGUUGUUUUUGAAACACAACCAAACCACACUUGCACUCACAAGAAGUGUAAAAAGCAUUAA